AACUAAUUGUUGACUAUGAGAACUUACGGUGAUAGACCAACACCUCAAUUGGAUGAAAAGGACGGGUAUUAUUAUAUUGGAUCAGAGGUUGGUAAUUAUUUACGUAUGUUCAGAGGAUCUCUUUAUAAAAAGUAUCCUUGCUUAUGGCGUCGUUUGGUUACUGUUGAUGAAAGGAAAAAACUUGCUGCUUUAGGUUUGGGUCCCCACAGUUUGGCUACAAAUAUCACUCUUCUGAAAGCAAGUGAAGUUGAUGAAAUCUUCCAUGGUCGAGAUGAAAAAUAUAAGGCCAUCUCUAUUUCUAGUGAACCUCAAACCCAAAGAGAGACUAAAUCGAAGAGAGCAAAUUGGGUCCAUGCAUCAUUACCAAAUAGUAGUCAUCAUCUUGAUGCUGUUCCAUGUUCUACUCCAGUCAGUCGAAAUCGUCUUUCUGGUAAAAAGGUUCGAACUUUUCCUUUGGCAUUCGAUGAUUUAGACUCUGCUAUCAUCCAUGAGAAUGCUAAGCAACCCGAUGUUCUUGUCCCUAUUCGUCUUGAUAUGGAAAUUGAUGGAUACAAAUUAAGAGAUACAUUUACGUGGAAUAAAAAUGAACAAUUAAUUACUCCCGAAUUAUUUGCUGAAGUACUUUGCGAUGAUUUAGAUCUUCCGACUGCAGCGUUUGUCCCAGCCAUUGCUCAGUCAAUUCGACAACAAAUUGAAUCUUUUCAAACGGACACUCUUCUUGAAGAACAAACUGACCAAAGAGUCGUUCUUAAGUUAAAUAUUCACGUUGGUAACAUUUCUCUGGUCGAUCAAUUUGAAUGGGAUAUGUCACAGAAAGAAAAUAGUCCCGAACAAUUUGCUUUGAGACUUUGUUCAGAACUUGGUCUUGGUGGUGAAUUUGUCACCUCAAUCGCCUACAGUAUAAGAGGACAAUUAUCAUGGCAUCAAAGGACAUACGCUUUCAGCGAAUCUCCACUGGCCACAGUAGAAGUACCUUUCCGAAAUCAAGCCGAAUCUGACCAAUGGUGUCCAUUCCUUGAAACCUUGACCGAUGCAGAGAUGGAGAAAAAGAUUCGAGAUCAAGACAGAAACACAAGACGAAUGCGAAGAUUAGCCAACACCGCUUGGUAAAACUGGCCCCUCAUCUCUAGGUCACUUCUAGUGGUCAUUAUAAAAUGUUCAUCUUCACCAUCGUCUCAAUAUCGUCAUCCAAACGAAAAAAAAAUUAUUCAGCUGGACACAAUCAAGAUCUUAAUCAGCUAUAAAAUUGCAAUGUCUCUUUUUUUAUUUAAAUCUUAAAUCAUCAAUUUGCUGUUUCACAAAUUCUCAAACAAAUUUAAUUUAUCACAAUUAAGUGUUAACCUUUCACAAAGCAAAAAAAAAAUCUCCAAAAGUUUCCAAGUCAUAACAAGUUACCUUAGGCUUGAAACAAACUGUAAUCAAUCACAACUAAAUAUACCUUAAUUAACACCAAUUAACCACUUAUACAUACACUAACUUAACGAAACAAUUUAACAUAACCUAAAAUGUUAAUUAGCGAAAAAAACAUUUUGAUUUAA